AUGUCUUUUGGAAAUAGUUCAAACAAUGACGGUGACUCUUUCAGUAUUUCGGAAAUAUCUAUUCCACGUCCAGUUCGUUUUUGGUUGAUGCUUUUAUUCAAUAUUCCAUCAGUAGUUUGUAGUUUCUUCCUUAUACUUCAUAUUAUAAUGAAUCGAACCCAUCGACAUGCAUUACAUAAUCAUACAAUUCUUCUCCUGUUAAUCUUUAAUUUGCCAGUUCAACUAAUAGAUAUUAAUUUUUAUCUUAUAUUCUUCUCGUAUGGCUCUGUUCAACCAUCACAACCAAUUAUAUGUCUUCUUUGGUGGCUUGCUGAUUACGGCUUCUAUGUUGGUGGGAUUGUUCUGAUGGCUUGGUUAGCGAUCGAACGACAUAUUUUCAUAUUUCAUGAUCGAUUACUUUUAAAUCGAAGAGGACGUUUCCUUUUUCAUUAUCUUCCUUUAGUUACUAUAGUCACAUAUAUCCUUCUCUUCUAUUUGAUUGUUAUUUUUCUUUUACCCUGUGAAAAUACCUAUCUUUAUACAGUUCCCGUAUGUGGUGGCUCGCCAUGCUAUCAAUCUUAUGGUAUUCUUGGUAUGUGGGAAUAUACUGUACAUUCAAUUACACCAGUUCUCUUAGAAGGUAUUGCUAGUAUUACUCUUAUUUUACGUGUUCAAAUGCAAAGACGACGACUUCAUCAAUCUAACCAAUGGCGUAAACAACGGCGAAUGAUUAUACAAUUACUUUUGGUUUCAGGCUUAAAUGUUGGUAUUAAUUUUCCAAGCAAUAUAUUACUUAUUGCACAUUUAUGUGGUUUGCCGUCUGAUUACGGAGCAGAAGCUGUACUUUAUUUCUAUUUUCUUUAUUACUUCACUAUUUGCCUCUUUCCAUUCAUAUCUUUAAGUCAAUUUCCAGAUUUACGUAAGACAAUGAAAGUAAAAUUGUUAGGCAUAGUACGGAGACGAUCACAUCAAACAGGUACUGUUACACUUACAAGAAGAGAUAUACCAAUGAAUAGAGUGGCAUGA